AUGGAUCCAGAAAAGCUGAAAAUAGUGCGAAGUAAGGAUGCGCUAAGAAAACGAAGAUGGCGAUUGAAAAAGAAGCUGGAGCGAGACGGAAUCGCCGAUACGGCUAUAUCCGAAACGACAAUUCCUAUUGUAUUAAAUGCAUCACCUAUAAUUGCUAAAACUGAAGAGCCGAGGGCCGACCUCGACAAUUUUAAAGCAGCCGACAGACUGAAGGAAAUUCGUUCGAAGGAUGCCGAGCGGAAGCGGAGGGCAAGAGCUAGGAAGCGACAGUUAAUGUCACUACUAUCGGUGCCCGAUGCAUAUGAAGCGGAAACGGCAGAGACCUCUGCCAAGCCAUUUCCGGAAACCUCGGAUGGAAAUGAGAAAAAGAUGGAUGUGAAAACCGAGGAAGAAGUACCAGAACAAUCGGGCUUUCUGUCAGAACAAUCUGAUACAAAACACUUCGGCAGUCUGACAAUUGAUGUCGAUAUGAAGGCAAGUGGUGAUUGCCUUCCAUCGGACGUCAGUUCACCCGGGCUUUGCCAUCCAUCCCCAUCCGGAGCGUCGAAAUGUUGCAGUCGAAUGCCGAGAAAGUACCUCUCACCCGAGCAGCUGAAGGAGCUACGGGCCCGAGACAACGAGCGGAAAAGGUAUCAACGCUGGAAAAAGAGGCUCGAACAACAACAGCAACCCGGAAUCAACCCCCUGGACUUGUUCAAUGAUCCGAACAUCCUUGCCACAAUGUCGAUGCUCAUGAUGUGUUCACCGACGGCUUUUACCUCACCAGGCGCAAAGCUGGACAGCGUCGAUCCGAUUGCACUGCCAGAUUUCUCUACCGAACCAAGCCCCAGCACUUCUGAGUCUAUGGUGAGAAGCGUCAGUCCAGAGACUGCCGAAUUCAAACGUUCUCAAACGCCCGUCCCGAAUGAAACGAUCUCGUCGAUUGAACCAGAAAUCACCAUCGACCUGAUCAAAGGGCUAUUGGCAGAGGUCGUUGGCCCCAAAUCUCCACAGCUUGCGGCUCUGGGUACUGAGGAGAAAGCGGCCGCCAGACGCGCGGCGAGAAGCGCAAGGAAAGCACGGCUUACCGCAGCCGAGAAGGAAGCGAUUCGUGCGUCUGAUCGCGAGCGUAAGCGUCUCUGGCGGAUGAAGCAGAAGGGGCGCCAUGAGACUACCUUUACUUUGCCA